AUGAGGCAAAAAUCUAGACAUUAUGCAAAAAUACAGACAGUUGAGAAAGCAAAGAAGGACAUCCCUGCCUCUGCUGUUACAACAGAUAUAUAUGGUAUUAUAGGAACAGUUCGUCUAGUGGCAGGAAUGUAUCUUAUUGUAAUUACAAAAAAGAAAAAAGUAGGGGAUCUGUUUGGCCAUGCAAUUUGGAAGGCGACAGACGUCGAUCUCAUUUCAUAUAAGAAGACUAUGCUGCAUUUAACAGACAUUCAGAUGCAAGACAACAAAACCUUGUUAUCAAUGAUCAAUAAUGUCUUAAGUACAGAUGGAUUUUAUUUCUCACCAACAUAUGAUCUAACACAUACUUUGCAGCGCUUAGCUAACACUAGCCCAGAAUUUCAGGAAAUGAGCUUACUGGAAAGGGCUGAUCAACGGUUUGUGUGGAAUGGAUAUUUUUUAAGAGAAUUUUCUGCUCAGCCAGAGCUUCAUAGGUUUGCCUGUCCUGUUGUUCAUGGAUUUAUUGUGGUGCAUUCCUGUUCUGUGAACGGAAAAUACUUUAAUUGGAUUCUUAUUUCUAGGAGAAGUUGCUUCAGAGCUGGUGUACGCUACUACAUACGAGGCAUUGAUUCAGAAGGACAUGCAGCAAAUUUUGUUGAGACAGAACAAAUAGUCCAAUACAGUGGAAGCAAAGCAUCAUUUGUCCAGACUCGUGGAUCUAUUCCUUUCUUCUGGUCACAGAGACCAAAUCUCAGGUAUAAGCCAAAGCCACAGAUCAGCAAAACUGUGAACCAUAUGGAUGGCUUCCAGAGGCAUUUCGAUUCCCAGAUUAUAAGCUAUGGAAAACAAGUGGUGCUAAACUUGGUUAACCAAAAGGGCUCUGAGAAACCGUUGGAGCAGGCAUUCUCCAAAAUGGUGUCAUCAAUGAACAAUGGAAUGGUUAGGUACAUAGCAUUUGAUUUCCACAAGGAAUGCAGUCACAUGAGGUGGGAUCGGCUACAGAUUCUAGUAGAUCAAGUGGCACCACUACAAGAUGAAUUUGGUUAUUUCCUUGUGGAUGCAGAUGGUACUGUGCUGUCCCAGCAGGAAGGAACUUUCAGGAGUAAUUGUAUGGACUGUCUGGACCGAACAAAUGUAAUUCAGAGCUUAUUGGCUCGACGUUCACUCCAAGCUCAGUUGCAAAGGAUGGGCGUCCUUCAUGUUGGGCAGAAGAUUGAAGAACAGGAAAAGUUUGAAAAAAUUUACAAAAAUUCAUGGGCUGAUAAUGCUGAUGCAUGUGCCAAACAGUAUGCUGGGACUGGAGCCCUGAAGACAGACUAUACAAGGACAGGAAAGCGGACUUGGUGGGGGCUGCUCAUGGAUGGGUGGAAUUCAUUAAUUCGGUAUUACAGAAACAACUUUUCAGACGGAUUUAGACAAGAUUCAAUUGAUUUAUUUCUUGGCAAUUAUGCUGUAGAGGAAGGUGACAGCACAUCUUCACUCCAUGUUCAGAAGGACUGGAAAUUCUUAGCGCUACCAAUCAUCAUGGUCGUUGCUUUUUCUAUGUGUAUUAUCUGUUUACUCAUGGCAGGUGAAACCUGGACUGAAACACUGGCCUAUGUACUUUUUUGGGGAACGGCAAGCAUUGGAACAGGCUUCAUUAUUCUUUACAAUGGCAAGGACUUUGUUGAUUCACCUAAACUGGUUCAGAAAGAGAAGAUGGACUGAAUUUGUGUGUGUGGAAAGCAGCUCAGCAGUCAAGACUCUGCAGUGCAGAGUCUGAGUCUCUACUGACCUGCUUCCCACACCAAACUGAAAUCUUUAUUACUAGAACUAUAUGUUUUUCCAGGAUUUUGACAGUGGUGGUCUACAGUCUGUGAUAGACCCUUGAGUUUUCAUACUGCACAUGGCCAUUGCAUUGUUUGAUGUUUCCAAUGAUUUCUGUCCCCACUGGCAUUCCAAGAUACAGGUAACCCAUAGUCUCAUCCUGCAGAAGUGCUGAACAGCAGUCAGGGUUUGUCACCAUGUGGUACUGUUUGAAAAAUACAAGAGCGUUUAUAACCGACAAGACUACAGUAGAGUAAUUGGCUAUUUGUCUUAAUUUUGAAAGUAAAGUUACUCUGAUCGAUUACCAAAAAAAAAAUCUGUAGUCCCUCUGGAGAGUUUUUCUCUAAUGAUUCUAGUUUAGUAACAAAUUUGCUGUUCUGUCAGUUGAGUCUUUGUGAAUGAUUAUAAAAUGGAUUUUAUAAAAUAUAUCAAUGUCAGAGUGGAUUACUUGUAAGUAAUAUCUUCAGUUAUUUGAAGGUUUCAUUUUGGUUUGCAGCACAGAGAUUGUGGGAUGAUGUUUUUUCCAAACUGUAGACAGCUGAUCGUUUUCAUUUCACUUGAGAAAAAUUAACGGUGGUCCAAGAAAGAAAACUGAUAUUUCUAAACUUUGUUCUGUGUUCUUCCAGUUGAGCUUAAGGUCCAAAGCAUUAGUGUUGAAGAACUCAACAUGUUGCACAUGCACAUACAUAUUCAGUGAGGUUCUCCCUAAUGCUUACUUUAGUGUUACUUAGAAAAGCUGUGGUUGUGAAACGUUUAAAAUUUUCAGCUGUUUUGUGACAAAAAGAGAUAAUCCAUUUUUGUACACACCAGAAGCACUGGCUAUAUUCUGUUUUGAUUCAUUCAUUCAUUUUUCUUAACAUUGAUUCAUUACAUUAUUUGUUAGUCAAACGUCACCACAUAAAUGUUAUCUGUAAAAGAAUGUAAGACCAACUUUUUUGCUCCUUGUUUGCACAACCAUUUUUUGUGUGAAUUGAGCAGGAAUAUAUUUUAAUACUUCAUGUCAGCAGAUUUCUGUUAUAUUAUUUUUAAAUAUAUUGUAAUAUAGAGUUCAACAAAACAUUAAUGGCUAUUGUAGCCAUUAAAUAUUAAUUUAAAGUUUUAAAAUGUUUUGCUAUCCACAGAAUUUCAUGCAGGUGGGUUUUAACACAUGAGAAAAUAUACUCAGGCAUUGGUAGAUGAUAAAUUGGUUAGUUUGUCAUUCUAAUACCUCUUGCUGUACAUUUAAUGAAAAAUAUUACCAAAAAUGUGCUGUGUAGCCCCAGAUACCCAAUAACAUAAAUUCUGCAAGCUUAGUGACUAAGAUUGUGUUUUGACCUAGGAAAUCUUGAUUUUUUUUUCUCAUGAAUGUUUUACAAGCUCACUCAAUUUUGACCAUUGAAAGGGUUGUUUUGGUGGACAAUUUUCUCACAGCUAUAGUAAUAUAUUGCAUUGUUUAGAACUUAUUUUCACCAAAUAUUCACAACAUUGUAAAGUGCUGCUGCAGAUAAAGGCUUUAUCUGUAAUUGUUACAGCAAUGAAAUGAGACCAAAUUUAAACAACUCUGAAGUAGAUUACAGCGAAAUGUAUUCUUGUUAAACUGCUGUUCAAGGAACUGAAAAUUCUGUUGGACGUAGCGGUUAGCAUUUCUUUUAAAGGAAUGCACUUAUACAUAUAUACAUAUAUAUAUAUAUAAAAUAAAGCUGUAUUUACUUUUCUGACAACA